UUUUCCGUUUCUUCCAUUACACAGCAUAAUAAUAUAAUAAUGGGGGAGAGCCGCGGCAGCAUCUUCUUCUUCGGGACCUACAGGCCACCUGUGCCCCUGGACAUCUUCUCCUGCCCGGCUGAUCCGCCGCCGUCAUCUGCCGAGGACGAGCUUCUCCUCACCGACGACGCGUCGUACAACCAGAACGGCCGGCCCGUCCCGCCGGCGGCGCUCAAGGAGAUCCUGGGUUUCCUGCGCAAGACGAACCCCGAGCUGGCCUCCGACUGCGGCGCCACCCUGGAGGACGUGGACGCGGGCCACGUCACCGGCAUGGUUUUCGUCUCCGAGAGGGACCGCGGCCUUGAGACGCUGCACCUAGCCCUGCGCCGCUCCACCGGCGGCGAGGUGAAGGUGCUGAGCCUGCUGGGCGACAUCUAUGGCUUGGACGAUUUAGGCGUGCGCAUGGAGGACAGCGGCUGCAUCGCCGGCGGCUACAUGGUGGAUGGCGUCACCGUGGGCCACUCACUCGUCUACGUGUCCACGAAGGAGGAGGUGAAAGCCCGGCGCACCCCGUGGACCGUGGUCUACAGGACCGACCUUGCCGAUGGCAAGACCGAGCGCCUCACUCCACAAGGCCAGUACGAUCUGAGCCCGGCCGUGUCGCCGUCCGGGAAGAUGGUGGCGGUGGCCAACUUCCAGAAGAGCGAGUGGAACGGCGAGAUCGAGAACCUCAAGACCGACAUCGUGAUCAUGGAGGUGCACUGGCGAGGGCUGGGGGGCGAUGGCCGCAGGCGUGUGAUCAAGGACGCCGGCUGGCCGACCUGGGGCAGCGAUAACGUCAUCUUCUUCCACCGAGGGUUCGACAAGACGCCGCCCACCAACACCGCAGACUGGGCCGUGUUCCGAUACGACCUCGCGGCUCACAGGGAAGAGCGGGUCACCCCGGUGGGCAUCGACGCCAUGACUCCGGCGGCCAUCAGCGAGACCAGAGUGGCCGUGGCGACCGUCCGACAGAAAUCCAAGCAAGUCGAAAUGAUGGUGGAGCGCGUGAUGGAUCAGUACCGGCACGUGGAGAUCUUCGACACGACAACCCCUUCGUGCAAGCCGCCCUCUGUACAGAUCACCCAGAGGAUGAGGCCGUUGGGAGACCACUACAACCCCUUCGUGCUCGAUGGCGGCAGACGCAUCGGCUAUCACCGAUGCAGAACUGACAAGCUCACUCCGCACGGUGAGCAGAAAAGCAUCGAGAAGAGGUUUGACAAGGUGCAGUCGGGCGAAUCGGAGGUCGGGCUGUAUAGGGUGACGGGCGUGUUCCCGUCCAUCUCCAAGAACGGCAAGAAGCUGGCCUUCGUGGACAACGAGUUCCAGGCCGUGUGGCUGGUGGAGGCCGACAGCGAAGCCGCCCCGCGCAUCGUCUACAAGGCCAAGUCCAACAAGAGCGUCUUCUCCACGUCGUGGAACCAGAACGACGAGCUGGACACGCUCUACGUCUGCGAAGGCCCGGCUUUCAGCAUCGAGAAGCCGGUGCAGAUCAUCAGGAUCCCCAACGUGUCCACCCACGACCCCGAGGAGCACAAGUUGAAGUCGUUCGCCCUCACCGACCACAAGUACAACUGCGCCUUCCCGUCCACCAACCCGGAGGGGACCAAGCUCGUGUUCCGCUCCAGCAGGGACAGGGUCCAGGGAGGGAAGAGGGAGGACAAGAACCUCUUCAUCAUAGACGCGGAGAAGGGGGAGUACGCUGGCGUGGACCAGCUCACCAAUGGGCCAUGGACAGACACCCACUGCAGCUGGUCACCCAGGGAAGGCUGCGACUGGAUCGUCUUCUCCUCGAGCCGCGGUAAGCCGGGUGGCGCGCCGGCGUCCGACCACGGCUUGGACUCGGGCUACUUCUCCGUCUACCUGGUGAACGCCAAGGACAUGGCCGAGGGCGUGGUGCCGGUGCGGGUGAUCCACAGCGCGCCCACCAUCGCAGGGCACGUGAACCACCCCGUGUUCAGCCCGGACAUGAUGAGCAUCGUCUUCACCGCCGACCUCGCUGCCGUCUCCGUCGACCCCAUCUCUAUGCCGCACUUCAUGCACUCGGUCAGGCCCUACGGCGACAUCUUCUCCGUCGAGCUCCUCGACAGGGAGGACAUGGCCAAGAACAAGGACAUCCACAAGUACCACCGGAUCACGCACAGCCGCUACGAGUACUCCACGCCUACGUGGUCGCCCCACACCGACGGCGAGCAAGAUCCCAACACCAGGUGGAAGAUGCUGGAGAGAGUCCCGUACAUCACGCCACGGUGCCCGUACGCGCGCGGCCAACAUGGCGAGAAGGAGGGCUGGCACAUGACCGGCCACCUCAUCAUAGACAAGAGGUCCUGCUGAUUCUGAAUCACCAGCCCCAGUCCAUCACUCUCCGGCCGUUUCGUUUCCAUCUGCCUACAAAAUCACGCGCGCUUGUUCUUCUGGCCAUACUUUCAUUUGUACUACUCCACGUCCAACUCUCUUCUCUUGUCGUAGCUUCAUGCAUGCACGCAUGCAUCCAGCUAGCAGUUUUCUUUCCCAUGCACGUACGCACGCAUGCAAUUAAUAAAUGGCUGUGUCUACUAGUAAGUGUGACAUUGUUAUGUUACA